GUAUGCCACCCACUGUGUUCCAGGCACAAUAGCAGGAUACUGUGUUGAAAGUGUUGAAUAGCCAGUAGACUUAAACAAGGCAAUUGGGUAUCAGAUGUGAUCUAUCCCAAGCAGCAGCCCAACCUCCUGUAUCAUGACAUUCAAUCCUCUAAGUCCGAUGGUUUUCUCCAGCUGUUGCUAUAAUAUAACUAUUUAAUGAGGUAAAGUAAAAAUACAUUUCAAAAUAUAUUACUAUCAGAUUUAUGGAUGUCCUCUGGGCUAAGACAAAUAGCAUGGCAAAGUCAAGUGUCACUGACGGUUUAAGGACUGGGAAAUGUCAUUGAAGUCAUUUUUCCUGUAUAAGUGCAGAUAAAAUUACUCUAAUUGAAAAAUAUCAGCCUUCAACAGAGUUUUUAGUAUUAACAGCAAUAAAUGUUCUAAUUGGAAGUCCUUAUAUGGAGUCCUAUGCAACUCAUCUGUAGAAAUAGACAAAUACUGAAUACCCUGAAUUAUUUUUGCAUAUCAUAAAUUUUAGUGACAAUGUGUUUUGUUACGGUAUGUUGUAAUUUGAACAAUAGUUGCUGAAAAAAAUAAGUUCAUGCUUUGCAGUAAUAUUUUUUAUUUUUAAGUAAGUAUGAAAUGUUUGCUUUAACCUAGUAAUAACUUGAGUUUAAUCACUGCCAAUUAUUGAACUUGUUUAUGCUGUUUCUGGGAAACCUUCGUGGCACUUGGCAUCUGUAAUACACUAUUCUGCCCAGGGAAGUUGAUUGUCUUUGUUUCUCUAGCCGUUGUGUCUGGUUCCUGUCUUGACAUCACUUACACAAUAGGAAAUAAUAAGGAAACUUGGGAAAGCAAAACCAAUCCAUAACUCCUUCUCCACCUUUUCUUCCAGGUGAAUCCCUGAACCCACUACAUGCUUCCAAGUCUAGAGAACAAAAACACACUUUCAGUGUUGGUGUCAUUUGAAGAUGUGGCUGUGGACAUUACUCAGGAUGAAUGGCAGAUCAUGGACAAUACUCAGAGGACCCUGUACAGGGAUGUGAUGCUUGAGACCUAUAGCAAUCUGUUGUCCGUGGGGUACUACAUAACAAAACCUGAUGUGAUCUUCAAGUUGGAACAAAAAUCAGUACCAUGGACUGUGGAAAAAUCUGUAAACCAGCAACUUCCAGAUCCUUACAGAAAGAAUGAGCUGCUUAGAACCAAACAGGAAAAUCAAGAAACCACUUUCAGGCAAGUUGUAAUCACAAAAGUUGUAUAACUUCAAAAAGAGCUGCAUUGCCAAAGAUGAUUAAUUUAAGCUCUGGCCAUAAUUGAAACAUGCUAUGUGAAGGAAAUUGUAUA